AUGAAGAUCACAAUCACUACUCUGAAUGACGAGAUUUUCGUCUUAGACGUAUCUGAAGAUUUGGAGUUAGAAAAUUUUAAAGCAUUUUGCGAAAUUGAAUCCGGGUUUCCUGCGAAAGAUUUCAUUUUGAAUUUUAAUGGCAAGCCGCUAUUAGAUGACAAAAAGUCUUUAAAAGAACACGGUGUUCACGACGGCGAUGUGAUUGUGCUGCUCCACAUGAUGCAGUCAGCAUCCAACCUCAACCAGAACGAUUCCAGUCAAGCUUUGCCCACUGGCUUAGCAAGUUUAGACUUCAGUGGCAUCAGGGUCCCACCAGGUGCAGCCAGCACCUCAAUGGCAGCUAGAAACCCUCCUGUUGAAGAAGACCCACGCAUCAUCAGGGAGAUGUUUUUGGCCAAUCCAGAUCAGCUUGCUCUCCUGAAGCAAAAUAACCCUAGACUGGCUGAUGCUCUUCUCAGUGGCAACCUCGAUACAUUUGCUUCUGUGCUUCGCGAACAGAUAUUAGCUAGAACGGAACGUCAACAACAACGGAUAAGGAUGAUGAAUUCAGAUCCGUUUGAUACAGAAGCGCAGAGAAUGAUUGCCGAGGAAAUUCGUCAGAAAAACAUCGAAGCCAACAUGGAAGCAGCCAUGGAGUACAACCCUGAAACAUUUGGGACUGUUGUCAUGCUGUACAUCAAUUGUCAUGUAAACGGAUUCCCUGUGAAGGCUUUCAUUGACUCUGGGGCUCAGACUACCAUCAUGUCAGCGGCUUGUGCUGAGCGAUGUAACAUUAUGCGGCUGGUGGACACUAGAUGGGCAGGCAUCGCGAAGGGCGUGGGCGUGCAGAGAAUCAUUGGCAGGAUCCACAUGGUUCAGAUGAGAAUCGAGAAAGAUUUCCUCACCACAUCUUUCUCCGUGCUUGAAGAGCAGCCUAUGGACAUGCUGCUCGGUUUAGACAUGCUCAAACGUCAUCAGUGCAAUAUAGAUUUGAAACGGAACGUUCUGCGCAUCGGCACGACGGGUACGGAGACGCCGUUCCUGCCCGAGUCGGAGCUGCCAGAGUGCGCUCGGCUGUCGGGGUACUCGGAGGACGAGAUCGUGAACCAGUCCAUGCGGGACCACGAGGACCGACAGGUCAAGGAAGCUAUGGAGAAAUCAAAGCAAGACGCAGCUUCGCACCAGGGUUUUAGACCGACUACUAGCGGCCAGUCAUCGUCAGUGCCAAUGCAAAUCAAUAACCAGAGGAUGGUUCUUGGUGAUCCCAGCCAGACUAUUCUGCCGAAUGACAACUUCGGCGAGGCUGAAGUAGAAGAAAUCAUGUCACUGGGAUUUACUAGGGAGCAGGCGAUCGUAGAGCUGCGCCGCUUCAACGGUGACAAGACUCAGGCCACGGUGGCUCUCUUCGCCAAGUCUCUGAAGUUCUAG